AUGCAGUACCUCUACCCAACCCUAUCCCUCUCCCUCCUAGCAUCCCUCGCCGCGGCAGGAGAUAUCGAUGCAACAACCUCCCAUCCCAGUGCAAACAAGUCUGCGCUCCAAUCAUGCUAA